AUGGCAUUCAGGCACCCUGGGUCACUUACACUAGCCGCUAUAUUCCGACAGUGGCCUCGAGUUGUGGCUGGCGUGCGGACAUUCUCGGCUACAUCAAGCAACCGCGCAGCUGCCAUCUUCUCGAACGGGCCUUCCAGGCCAAAGAUAAUGACAUCCUCACUUCCCAGACCUAAAGUGAAGGGCGGUCUCGCAGAAUUGGAGGAAGUUUUCGAUACCAGAAGUGCGAACAUUUCGGUCGACUACAAGAGGUCGACAGGUAACUAUCUUGUCGAUGCUGAUGGCAACACAUUCUUGGAUCUUGAAGAACUAACGAAUUACGCGUACUUCAUGCAUAAAUUUGCCCAAAUCGCCUCAAUUCCUCUCGAAGAUGACAAUCCAGAACUCAACCGCGCCUCUGUAAGCCCAGUCAUGGUCCGCGCCAUCGCCAGCCGGCCAGCACUCGGAAGAUUUCCAUCGGCAGACUACGCAGACCUCCUCAAGACCGGCACCUUGAAAGCCGCGCCGCAAGGUCUAAAUCAAGUCUUCACGGCAACCACAGGAUCUGAUGCAAACGAGACAGCGUACAAGGCCGGUUUCCACGGCAGUCUUUCUGAAAGUUUAUCCACAACGAGGAGCAAGCCGAUUCACAAAUUCGAUUUGCCGGCUUUCGACUGGUUUGUGGUUCCUCUCCCGCAGUUCCAGUACCCCCUCGACCAAUUCGCAACUGAGAAUGCUGCUGAGGAGAAGAGGUGCCUUGAGGAAACGGAGCUUGUGCUCGACGAGGCUAACGACACCGUCGCGGCAGUGGUCAUUGAACCUGUGCAAGCCGGGGGCAGCGACAAUCAUGCGUCCCCUGCCUUCUUCCGCGGGCUUCUUGCGCUUAACAAGCGCAAGAGCGUGUUAACGAUCGCCGAUGAAGUUCAAACAGGAGUAGGUGCAACUGGCAAGUUCUGGGCCCACGAGCACUGGAAUCUCCCGUCUCCGCCAGACAUGGUCACCUUCUCGAAAACGGCGCAGGCGGCGGGUUUCUCUUCAGCGACGCUGGUCUACGGCCUGACAAGCCGAACCGGCAGCUCAAAUACUUGGGUAGGCGAUCUCGUGCGUGCGCUACUGUUCAAAGCGAUUUAUGGAGAGAUUGAGAAGCACGGGUUGGUUGAGCAAACGGCGCGGAUCGGCAGUCACCUGUACCGAGAGCUGGAGGCGCUGGCGGACAAGUACCCCCAAAACGUAUUGAACCCUCGUGGCAAGGAUCGCGGGACGUUCAUUGCGUGGGACUCCGACAUUUUCCUCGACGUCUUGGGAAGGGGUAUUCAAGCGGCUAUCGUAGGCCCAGCUAUUGCCAGGGACACGUCUCGAACAUGA